CUAUAACCGAAUCAAAUAAACGAAAACAUACAAACCUCGUAUAAGCACCUGGGUUAGGUAAGUACGAGACGAGGUAAAUCGUUAAUUCUAAACCAGACAAGGUAAACUACAUUGUUACAAUGGAUAACCGUGUAUAUGACUGGGACCGCAUGCUCCUUGACACGGACUGGCUAAAUCUGGACUGGCGGCAAGAAAUGCACAACUUCCAGCGUGUGCCUUGGGCAGAGAUACGGAAUGGCACUCUUAGACAGGUGGCCAAGCUACACGCGCAGUACGACGAGACCCAUGAACCAUCGAAUUCCUGGCCUAUACGUAGUCCCGCGGCCGAUGAAUUGAUACGUAGACGGGAGCUGGAAGAGGGAAACCUUGGAACAGAGACCCAAGCCGUGCCCGAUUGGCUCCCCAACGAGGUCGAGAUGUUUUCCCCGACCGGAACGCAGGCCCCGGACCACCCUGAUCUUCCCGACCUCCCCCCAAUAUUUUCACAGCCGGCUGCUCCUGGCCCCUCGACUGGGGGCAAUACGGGCAACCUGGGCGGGGCCUCCACGCCAGCUAAUCAACCAAAUAAGGAUAAGAAGAUCCCGGGCCUGAUCUACAAGGACGACUUGCCCGGGUACUGGACGGUAGGUUUCGAGCUGGAGUUGCCCGUCGCCGUUUAUAGGCGAGGGGGGCUAAUGGCUGAGCGACCUCACCCCCGCGACCGCCGGUGGGAAGCCGAGGAGAUCGUAACCGACGACGUCCCAAAAGACCGAGUCAAUAAAAUCACGGUGGACCGUUUUAUCGAGGUGCUCAACUCGCAAACCAACAUGGUCUUCAUUCAUCGGGAGGAGGACGAGGACUCACCCUUUGGAGACCUGUGGGCGGAGAAUAUGCACAGGCUUGAACAUGGAUUCCCCCUCGUGGCGGACGUGACCAAGCUCGACAGUACAUCGCGACACUCGGGCGAAAGGCGCCUUAUAAGCCGGGUAGCGGAGAGGGCGGCGGUGCAGGCCCGAGAUUUUCUUAAGUUGAGCUAUUUCAACAACUCGGAACCCGCCAGAAACUUUCUGUUAGCAAGUCGGGAGGAGCUCGAGGAUGCCGCACAGCGGGCCAUCAUGCACGGCGUACCUAGCACCUCGGAUAGGUAUGAUGCCGAGAAACACCUUGAGGAAUUACUCCACCUGGAAGCAUACCAAGCAAGGCGAGAUAAGCGCCAUGUCCCCUUAGCCGACAUGAGGCCGCGGUAUCGAGCCUUCUCGGUCUACGCAAUGGACGAGGUAAACCUGGAUUAUGCGAAGGGCAAACAGUACAGAAACUGGCCACAGACGGAGAAAACCCCUAGUGAUCUAUACGGGUGGGUAACAAUCAAGAUCUCGUCGCCGGUACUGCCCUUCAACUGGCCGCCUCUUGAUAUCGAUACCAUGAUCCAAGAUAUUUGUAAAGUCGUACGUAAUAACUUCCGCGUACACCUAGACGCGCCGUCGAUCCCCGCGACGACGCAGAUUUCCGUUUCGCACUCCAGCGGCCUUACACUCCUAGAUAUCCAGAAGCUAUCGUCGUUCCUGGCCACCGAGGCCGUCUCCAACGAACUACGGUCCCUCAAUCGAUGGUAUCGAAGCCAAAGGCCGCAUGACAAAGUGUGCGGGCCCAUCCGCGAAGUCUCCCAGCUAGCUAAGCUAGCGCAGACAAACAAGGACGUGGAUAACUUCGACAACAGUGGCAUCGUGCCGAUACACGGGCCUCUACGCACAGAGAAACUAAAUCAGAGGGCGGCGGAGCAUCUACCCAUCGACUUGAUCAAGCAGAGGGAGAACCUAGCGACUCGUAUUUUCCACACCAUGAUAUGGCAAUAUACGGACAUAAACUCUAUCGUGAAUGCCGUGAGCACGGGGCACCGGUCGCGGAAGACCGAGGUGAUGAUUAAAUGCCAGGGCACAGGUGAUGUUGUGGGAAAGGCGAACCCGAGCCCCAAAGAUCAAUCCGAGCAGAAAAGUAUAGACUACGACCACAAGUUCUUCAACGUAGAUAAGCAAAGAGGAGUUUUCGAAUUCCGGCACAUGGGGGGAUCGCUUGAGCCAUCGCAUAUCAUGGCGUGGAUGACCGUGUGCUGCCGGAUCUGCGACUUCGUGAGAAACUCACCACCGCUGCACUAUAGGUACGCCUUGGAACAGAUCAUGAGGGACGGAGUGCCAGUCAUAGAAGCCCUGAAUAUUCCCGCUGAGGCUCGGCAAUUUUUCCAGAACCGUGCCGGCCAGAGUGGGUAUCUGAAGUCAAAGUUUAACAACAACGAUAAUAUGAUUGACUGGAGAGACCCCUUCUACCCGACAUACCCGACACACCCAUAGUAGCCUCCGUUGAGGUAAUAGAGACGUGCUAGGUAAUGUGAAAUCCCUUCUCCGGUAUAGAGUAUGGCACGGUACUGUAUAACAAGGUAAGCAUAGCGUUUAAUGGUUCCUCUAAUCUAGGUAGUUGAUAUAAUAUUUUAUGUUCCUUUGCCUCUAGAAACCAUAUACUGUAUCGUCGAGUCAGUUAUUUCAGAUAAGAUAUGCUUCGAUGAUAUCUCCUUUUACUCAGGUCUCGGUUCAUACCUGACCGCCUACACUGAGGAUACUAGCAAUCACCUUU